GUUCGGUGACGUCAUUGCUGUGUUCCUGUAGGCUCCUGUGGAGGUCGUGUUAUGUAUUCGAUGGGAGUGUGAAGUCGGUGUAGUGAGUCGGGCUUCAUGGCUCACCGGUGCCUGCAGCUGUCUGGCCUGUGCCGGCCUCUGAGCGGCGCUUUCCUCCCUCUAGUGUCUCAUAGCCGGCGCCCCGGGGUCUGCUGUGUGAGGAAGAUUCAAACUCAAGUGAAAAGAAUAAACAGGAACUCCUUACUGGCUAAUGUGAUAGCUGCAUACACAAGGUUUUGUGCCCAGCCUCCUAAAGGUUUUGAAAAAUACUUUCCAGAUAGCAAGAAUGGCAAAAAAGAAAAUGAUUCCAAAGUGAAACUGAAAGAUACUGUAGGUAGUGAAAAGCAUUCCUCUGGUGGCAGUGGGGACUUUGGAGGCGGUGGCAAAAAAGGUGGGAAGAAAGAUAAAGAUUGGUGGUCAAGGAUUUCUAAGGGGGAAAUUCCUUGGGAUGAUAAUAAUUUCCGAGCCAUUUUCCUGAGUUCUUUAGGGUUAUGGAUUGUUGCCACUUACUUCAUCUUCUAUAGGAAAACUCAAGUAGAGAUCACAUGGAAAGACUUUAUUAACAAAUACCUGUCAGAAGGCCUGGUGGAUCGCCUUCAAGUAGUGAAUAAGCGCUAUGUACGGGUUAUCCUUGCAUCUCACAAGACACCUUGGGAAGGGAAUACUGUCUGGUUUAAUAUUGGCAGUGUGGACACAUUUGAGAGAAAUUUGGAAACAGUACAGCAAGAGCUUGGAAUAGAACCAGAGAAGCGAGUACCUGUGGUGUACAAAAUUGAGGGUGAUGGAACCUUUCUUCUGAAUAUGCUUCCAACUGUCCUCAUCCUUGGCAUCCUUUACUUUAUCAUGAGAAGAGGACCUGCUGGUGCAAGAGGAGGUCGAGGUAUGGGGGGGCUCUUCUCUGUCGGAGAGACAACUGCUAAAAUACUCAAGGAUGAAAUUGACGUCAAGUUCAAGGAUGUGGCAGGAUGUGAGGAGGCAAAACUUGAGAUUAUGGAAUUUGUAAAUUUCCUUAAAAAUCCAAAACAAUAUCAAGAUCUAGGGGCAAAAAUACCAAAGGGUGCAAUUCUUACCGGUCCUCCUGGCACAGGAAAAACACUGUUGGCAAAAGCCACAGCUGGGGAAGCCAGUGUCCCGUUCAUUACAGUGAAUGGCUCAGAAUUUCUUGAGAUGUUUGUUGGUGUGGGCCCAGCACGAGUAAGGGACUUGUUUAGCAUGGCCAGAAAACAUGCUCCCUGCAUUCUCUUCAUAGAUGAGAUUGAUGCUGUUGGUCGGAAGAGAGGGCGAGGAAACUUUGGAGGUCAAAAUGAACAAGAAAACACAUUGAAUCAACUUUUGGUGGAGAUGGAUGGUUUCAAUACAACAACAAAUGUAGUUGUGUUAGCUGGAACAAACAGACCUGAUAUUUUGGAUCCAGCUUUAAUGCGACCUGGUCGGUUCGACAGGCAGAUAUAUAUUGGGCCGCCAGAUAUAAAAGGUAGAUCAUCUAUAUUUAAGGUUCACCUGCGGCCUUUGAAGUUGGAGCUUACUUUAGAUAAAGACGCCCUCUCAAGGAAAAUGGCUGCUUUAACACCAGGGUUCUCGGGCGCAGAUAUAGCAAAUGUGUGUAAUGAAGCUGCUCUUAUAGCUGCCAGACACCUUUCAGAUGCUAUAAACCAGAAACACUUUGAGCAAGCUAUCGAGAGAGUGAUAGGAGGUUUGGAAAAAAAGACUCAAGUUCUCCAGCCGGAAGAAAAGAAGACUGUGGCUUAUCAUGAGGCUGGGCAUGCUGUGGCAGGGUGGUUUCUGGAACAUGCAGAUCCUCUGUUAAAGGUUUCUAUUAUACCACGAGGAAAGGGAUUAGGCUACGCACAGUAUUUGCCUAGAGAGCAGUAUCUGUAUACAAAGGAGCAGCUUCUGGAUAGAAUGUGCAUGACACUUGGCGGCAGAGUCUCUGAGGAGAUAUUUUUUGGAAGGAUUACAACAGGAGCUCAAGAUGAUCUGAAAAAAGUGACACAGAGUGCUUAUGCCCAGGUUGUCCAAUUCGGGAUGAGUGACAAAGUGGGCCAAGUUUCUUUUGAUCUCCCUCGGCAAGGGGAAAUGGUGUUGGAGAAGCCUUACAGCGAGGCAACUGCGAGACUGAUUGACGAUGAAGUCCGUAAACUUAUUAACUUUGCUUAUGAGAGAUGUAUGACGCUCCUGAAAGAGAAGAAAUUGGAUAUUGAAAAGAUUGCUCUCCGACUCUUAGAAAAGGAGGUGCUGGAUAAAAAUGAUAUGGUUGAACUUCUGGGUAAAAGACCCUUUGCAGAAAAAUCUACAUACGAGGAGUUUGUUGAAGGUACUGGUAGCUUGGAGGAGGACACAACACUUCCUGAGGGUCUGAAGGACUGGAACAGAGAUAGAGAAAAGGAUAAAGAAGAACUAAACGAUGAACAGACUGCCCGGUACAGUGGAGGAAUGCAAUUUUGAGUGUUUUAUGACACAUUGAAAAGGGCAAAUGCUGUUUUUUAUUAUAAAAAACUUGUAACUGGACUUGUUUUCACCAAAAAUAGGCGCAUACACUUGUAUGUUAAAAACGGGAUUACCAGGAUGUUUCCACACUCCCAAUAAAGAUCCUUAAAAAAUAUGUGAGCAUGUGAUGACCUUGCCUUUCUACUAUUACAAGGUAAUGAUUGAAAAUUAACAUGGCCAUAUUGUUAAUCAAAACAAAUAUGAAAGCGCUGCAUACAAGUAUUACAAAUAGGUGUUUUAUUGCUAUUAAAUAAAAAUUAGAGCUGUGCUCUAUUCAGAUUUAGGUUUUACCCUUCAGUUUUCUGUUAUAAGAUCUUUUUAUAGAUCUGCAGCUGUUAUCAAAUACUUGUCAUUCUAGUAAAAAUAUUCAUAUUUCUUUAAUUCGCAAAGAACACAGUAAAGUUAUUUACAUUCUAGCCAUGUUAAUAGAUACUCAGUAUGGCCAAACGGGGGGAAAAAGCACUUAAUGGGUUGGUGUGAUGGAAAAUUAGAAAGUGUGGGUGUGGAUAUUGCAUCUUGUAAAUAAAUGUUACUUUCUGCUGCUGUACAAAUGUUUCUUGGAAUAAAGAUAAAAAUGAAUUUGUUAUUAUGCUGAGAGAA